AUGGACCCUGGGGACCUCGCACUCCCGCUGUGCCUUCGUCCUUGGCCGUCGCGAGUCCCGCCUGGCCUCGAACGAGCCGCACCAGGUAUCUUGAUCGAGCGCUCCCCUUCGACGCUGCAGCCUGGGCGUACCACCGCGCCACUCCUCGCUGAACCGCUUCCGCCGUCUGUCUCCUCGCUCGCUUUCUCUCCUCUCGGUCGAUCUCUCUUUCCUUCUUUCUCCCCAGCUCUCCUCGUCCACCACUACACAUCACAUCUAUCCUACGCAAUGGUCAAGCUCGUCUCGUUCGCCGCCCUUCUCUGCGCACCCCUCGCCCUCGCCAACCUCUCCCUCGGCCCUGCCGACGCAAGCGGCUACGCCUGCUACCACGGCACACUUGGCGUCGACGCCAACCUCGACAGCACCAACUGCAACGCCGAGAGCCUCAACAUCUUCAGCCUGGCCAUGGACUCGAACUUUGUGUUCUGGGCGUCGCACUCGGGCUACAAGACCGGCACCGACUCGACCAGUCGCUACAUCACCCUCGCUCCUGGCCAGACGUUCAAGGCUCCGCAGGCAGCCAACCCGUACAUCCGGGGCUUCGGGCUUGAGAGCUGCGCGCUCUCCGUCACCAACACGGGCAAGACGAGCUACAACGUCCACACGUCGUCGAUCAAGUACCUGCCGCAGUUCAUCACGAGCAGGUGCCCCGACUUCGGGUCGGCGACGAACGUGCCCAGGGGCCACCACGCCUCUUGGGGCGGCGUCAUGAACAAUGCCGUGAGCAAGCUCAAGUACACGCUCACCCGUGUCGACGGCCAGAAGUAG